UUGAACCUUCACCGAGGCCUGUCCAUCUCUGUGGGGAAAGAGAAAAGUGUCGUGUGAUGUCUGUCGUGGGCUCACAGCCUUUCAUCAAACCAAUGCAGACUUCGCCUUCAGUUUCGCCCGGGAUCCAGCGGAGACACACGCUUCCCGCAAGCGAGGUGCGGCCGCUCAACACGCAGGAUGCCAUCAGCGUGUUUGAAAUCGAGAGGGAAGCUUUCAUCUCGGUGUCAGGGGAGUGUCCCCUCCACCUGGACGAGGUGCGACACUUCCUCACGCUGUGUCCGGAGCUCUCCAUGGGCUGGAUCGAGGAGGGCCGACUGGUGGCUUUCAUCAUCGGGUCUCUCUGGGACCAGGACAGGCUGACCACGGAAGCGCUGACCCUCCACAAGCCCCGCGGCUCCACCGUCCACAUCCACAUCCUGGCCGUCCACCGCACAUUCAGGCAGCAGGGCAAGGGCCCCAUCCUGAUGUGGCGCUACCUGCAGUACCUCCGCUGCCUGCCCAACGUGCGCCGGGCCGUGCUCAUGUGCGAGGACUUCCUCAUUCCCUUCUACCGCAAGUCGGGCUUUAAGGUGCUGGGCCGCUGCGCCAUCACCGUGGCCAACCUCACCUUCACUGAGAUGUGUUACCCCAUCAACGGCCACGCCUACAUGCGCCGCAACAGCGAGGCCAUCCGGUUCCCGCAGCAUCCCCUGACCCUGCCGCUCACAAAGACUGAUGAGCAAGUCGACGUAUGACUUCUUUAAAACCCCACGCACCUCGUGUUGAACCUGUCAGACAGAAAGUUGUCAGUGACUGCUUUAUUUGCUCAUUUAUUGGACUUUUAUUGAACCCUGUUGCUCAGUAAACAAGACUAA